AUGGAUACCAACUACCAAACCAGUUUUCAUGUAACGAGGAGUUUAUCGGAUUGUGGUUCAUUAGAAACAAAUGUAAGUGAAGAAGAUAUUAUGGUAAUAAAGAAAGGUCCAUGGAUAGAGGAGGAGGAUGCUGUUCUGAUGAACUAUGUAGCUGUCCACGGCGAAGGUCACUGGAACUCCGUCGCUCGCUGCUCAGGUCUAAAAAGAACAGGAAAAAGCUGCAGAUUAAGAUGGUUGAACUACUUGCGUCCGAAUGUUCGACGUGGGAAUAUCACUCUCCAUGAACAACUCUUGAUUCUUGAUCUCCAUUCUCGUUGGGGUAACCGAUGGUCUAAAAUAGCGGAACAAUUGCCGGGAAGAACGGACAAUGAGAUAAAGAACUAUUGGAGGACAAGAGUGGUGAAACAAGCUAAGCAACUAAAAUGUGAUGUAAACAGCAAGCUGUUCCAGGACACAUUGCGUUUUGAAUGGAUUCCACGUCUCAUCGAGAGGAUUCAGUCGACUCGUGCAACUGCAGAUACUAAUUUCUAUGAUCAACUACACGUCACCAAUUGUAACAAAACUAAAGCGCACAGUGAAACUUGUGGGACAAAUGCAAAUCCUCCUCCCAUGUUGAUGUCUAAUAGUUCAUCGUACUCGUCAGGGGUUGAUGUUUUUGCAGAAUCAAACCUAUCUUACAAUGUAAUGGAUAGUAUGGAAUUGGAAUCCACGUUGCAGGAGUGGAAUUGCUUAGACGGAAAAAUCCAAGAAUUUGAACAUGACAAUGGUUUUGGUGGUUCAGAGUUGUGGACAGAAGAAAACAUAUGGUUCUUGCAGCAACAACUCGCUGAUGCUUUAUGA